GCUAAGCAUGCCAGAGUUGGCUUGUGAAGCAUGCGCUGCGACAUGGACGACUGGGGUUGACGACCUUCUUCGGAGUGACUACUGGCCAGCUACCCUUCACUUCGCCACCAUUUAUGCCACAGAUGUUUUCUUCUCAUUUGAAGAAAUGAAAAUGGCUGCACCUGGACUAUCCUUUCAGGCAUAUUUAAGGAUGCUCGAUCAGCGAACGUUGCGCUUCGGCCGUAUCUCAACUGACAGCUUCAUCAAAAGUUUCUUUGAGCGGGAGGCUGUGCGUUAUGAGGUGGACAUCAUGUGCAAGGAGGAGCCCUUCACCUGUCCUGCGUGCAGCCCUGAUAUGCUUGCAGUUUCCGUAGAUGGAAACCGCAAGCAUUACCGUUUCAAGAAUGCAGCUAGAUCUGAGGAACAGGCCAUCUUUGACGGUGUCUUUAUAGCCAGGGAUGAAGACGUCUCAAGAUUUGUGCUCCUCUGUGCUCUCAAUAUGUACAGGGGAGAAAUCUUUGCUUAUCCCCUGUACCUACAGACAAAGCUGGCCAGUAGUAUGUUCUUUUGCAUGGAUGUGACCUGCAAAUAUUGGCCCUACCUCCAGAGAAUCACAAAAAGCUGUCCAGAGCUCCAGCAUCUUCUCGACAUGAAGCCCUUUCUCUCAGUGUUUCAUGCCAAAGCGCAUGACUUCAAAUGUGAAGUAAUGAAUUGUUACCAUGUGACACAAUCACUUGAUGUAAAAACCUCCUUGUGA